AGGCUUCAGCUGCACGGGAAACACACACACACAGGACCGACGGGAGGCGGCACGUUCAUCCAUUCAUUCACCUCCAGCGCAGGAGGCGAGCCGCCCCACACCGGCCCCGAAGCAGCUCCACCAGCCGGUCCCCUCCGGUGGCUCACAAGCGACCAAAAAAACACACAAAACUCCACACCAGAAAUGGCACACUCGAAGCAUCAACAGUGUCCCCCCAAAGUGUGAAACUCCGCCCGCGUUGUGUGUGCCCUCAGGGAAUCAAACAACCAUCGUCGGCGGACGCUGUGGCUUUGCAACAAGGACCAUGUGGUUCCUGCCCGCCCUGGUGCUCCUCUCGGAGCUCUCAGUGGUGAGAGUCCAGACCGCUCCGUGCCAGACCUGCCGGAAACUCACAGAGAGUUUCAUCAAGGGCUUGGAGAGAACGGCCACCAAGAACUUUGGGGGAGGAAACACUGCCUGGGAAGAAGAGAAGCUGGCCAAGUAUGCAAGCAGUGAGACUCGGCUCCUGGAGAUCGUGGAAGCUGCUUGUGAGAAAGCCGAUUUUGAAUGUAACCAGCUGCUGGAGCAGAUAGAGGACCAGGUGGAGACAUGGUGGUUCCACAGGCAGCAGGAGGCACCAGACCUGUUUGAGUGGUUGUGCAUACAGGAGCUGAGAGUCUGCUGUCUACCUGGGCGCUUUGGACCUGACUGCAAAGAGUGCCCCUCGACGCCUGGCGGUGUCUGUGGAGGACUGGGCCGCUGCGAGGGGGAGGGGACCCGCCUCGGUGACGGGGAGUGUGUCUGUGAUCCCGGGUACUCGGGUCAUCUGUGCCAGAGCUGUGCUGACGGCUACUUCAGGGAGAAGAGCUCCAACAACGGCACAGGAGCCUGUGCAGCUUGCUACCACUCGUGUAAGAAGUGCGCAGGGCCGCAGGACUACAAAUGCCUCGCCUGCAAACCCGGCUGGAUCCUUCAUGACAACAAGUGCGUGGACGUGGACGAGUGUGGUACGGAGCUGGCUCGUUGUCCUUCUAACACCUUCUGUCACAACACAGAAGGAUCUUAUGAAUGCAGAGGCUGUGACCAGGCGUGUGUGGGCUGCAUGGGGACCGGCCCCGCCCGCUGCAAGAAAUGUGCACGUGGCUACAGACUGAGAGGGGCCAAGUGUCUCGACGUCGAUGAAUGCAGCGAUCAGGCGAUCGCGUGCCCCGGACUCAACGAGGCCUGCAUCAACGAGGAGGGCUCCUUCCACUGUGACUGUGCUGAUGGAUUCAUCAGGAGAGAUAGCAUCUGUGUGGAGAACAAGCCUCCCGCUGGCCCAGAGAAGGGUCUGUUUGACGACAUGACGGACGACGAGGUCCUCGUGCUGCAGCAGAUGUUCUUCGGCAUCGUGAUCUGCGCCAUAGCCACGCUGGCCGCUAAGGGCGACAUGGUUUUCACCGCCAUCUUCAUCGGAGGCGUGGCCGCCAUGGCCGGAUACUGGCUGACGGAGAAGGGAGACUACAUGCUGGAUGGAUUCCUGAAGGGACGCUAGACUGCCUGCAGAGAAAGGACCAGCAGCCAGUUAAGGAGAAGAAGACUCAACAGGUGGGGGGGGGGGGAAGGGGGAGAACUCGAAAGGCCGUGAAUAUUGAAGAGGAAGAACGAAGCAAAACUGCACUGACACAAAGGAGCUGAACUCGAUCCCUUUCCUCAACUUUGUUGGGAGCAAGCGGGGACACAAAGACCACAGCUGAUUGUUAAAAUCUAUUAUGCAUUUGGACGUCUCAUCUGGCCGCCAUGUUGAAGCGAUGUCCGUUUCUUCCAGCUGAUCCCAAACCUCCCUCCAUCACGCCCAUCAUGUCUUCAUCAUCUGGAUGCUGUGGAGCAGAAGGUUUCCCCACAGUCUGAACGCUACUCGAGUUUCCGCCGUGUCUCCAGAUUCCAGAAAGCGGGCGUUUGUUCAGAUGAGGGAAUCUUUAGGAAUUUGCUUCAGUCGCCCCAAAAAGCUCAUUUAAACUCUGGGAUGUUUGAAUAAGGAGCCGCUGGUUAUUUAUGUCCACAGAAUGACUUUUUACCUCCUUACGUACUGAAUGGUUAUUUUGACUAAUAAUGCAUGAGAAUAGGAUUUGAAGUAAUCGGUAUUGAACCUUAUGGAUGGAUGUAUUUAUUUAUUUAUUUAUUUAUGGACUUAGUUUAGCAUGAAAGACUGACUCCAUCAGCUGUGUUGGAUCACCCACACAAUACUGCUGUUUGCUCAUUGUGCUUAAAUAUCAGCUCACAUCUGGAUGAUUAAAGCCAUUUUCUGUUGCCUUUUCAGCAAUAUUUAUUGGGAAAGAUAUUUAUAACAUUUGGCUCUUGACAUUUCCCUUUGUGUGUAUUUUUUCGAUGCAGUUUCUCUUGUUUCUCCAGCAGAUAAAGUAGCGUCAUGUUAGAAAGCCGCCAAAGCAUCUCCUCUUACUCCCACCCAUCUACUUUGUUUUUCCCAGUUUGGAAAGUCAUCGUUAUCUUACUUACGUUUUGCUUUAAAAUAAAAACUGUCACUCCGUUUUUUAAAUUUGAAUUUCUGUCUUGAUUUUUGUGACAUUCCUUGUUGCUCUAAAUAAAUAAAGAGAGUGAGUAAACACA